CCGUAAAGCGACGCUGUUAUGGUCCGACGGUGACGUUUGCAAAUCUGGCGUCUGUACUUAUCGCAGUGUUGGAUUUAGGCUGGGAGUGCCUUGCAGCAAAGCGAGUGUAUUCUCCGUACACGUCAACGUGUAACGUGUGGAAACGGAUAUAUAAUCGCUGAAACCCUGGACUGACACGUUGGACGGCUGUUUCGAGUCUCACGACCAUCCGAGUCGAUCAAAAUUCUUUCUCGAGGCCUAGUGGAAGAAGUGAAUCCUCGGGCUAACCUGCGCGCUCCGGCCGGGAUGACAGGACACGGUGCCGGGGAGAACUGUUGAUGUCCUACGCUAAUCUUGCCCUCAAGAGGGCAAGCACCUGAACUCAGAGAGGAAACGUAUGCAGUUUUCUGAUGACGCUGCCAUGUUCUUUAUGGAUGUCAGGGUUUGAAGUCACUCUGAAGGCUCUGACCUCUGGGCGCUGGUGAUACGUGCCGCACUCGAGGCUCUGAUUAGCACACACUUCUAAGUGAAGACGAGUCAAACCUGACAAACAUGAACCGAUAUCUGCCGGUGGCGCGGCAGCACUUCCUGACUGCUUUAGCCAGCACUAGUGUGGUGGUGAAAUGUAUAUGUGCCACAGUGUUUGUGCUUUACCUCGUCUCAUGGCUGGCGGACACACGUGUGGCUCUCGGAAUCACACCCGGAUACCUCUUUCCUCCCAACUUCUGGAUCUGGACUCUGUUGACACACAGCGUGGUGGAACAGCACGUGUGGGACCUUGCACUAAAUGUGGCUACAGUGAUUGUUGCAGGGAGACUGCUGGAGCCUCUAUGGGGCGCUCUGGAGUUACUUGUCUUCUUUGUGGUGGUGAACGUUGCUGCUGGUUUGCUUUCAGGCCUCUCCUAUGUUCUCGCCUAUGCCGCGACCUUCGACCUAGGCUACCUGUUUGAUGUACACAUCAGCGGCGCGCCCACGUUUCUCGGCGCCGUCCUGGUGGCUCUGAAGCAGACAUCAGGAGACACAACUGUGCUUCGAGUGCCUCAGAUUCGUUUGAAGGCAGCUCCAGCUCUUGUCUUGCUAGUGUUAGCUAUCUUGCGGCUAGCUGGGCUGCUGGAAAGCUCUGCACCAUUUGUGGGCUGUAGCUACGGUGCACUAGCAGGGUGGGUUUACUUACGUUUCUACCAGAGGCACAGCCGUGGGCGGGGCGACAUGUCAGACCACUUCGCCUUCGCCUCAUUCUUCCCAGAGGCACUUCAGCCAGCUGUGGGCUUCAUUGCCAGCUUGGUGCAUGCUGCCCUUGUCAAGAUGAAGGUCUGUCGCAAGAUGGUGAAACGCUACGAUGUCGGUGCUCCGUCAUCCAUCACGAUCAGCCUGCCUGGCACAGACCCACAGGAUGCCGAGAGGAGACGGCAGCUGGCCCUGAAAGCUCUGAACGAACGUCUCAAGCGAGUGGAGGACCAGUCCGCCUGGCCCAGCAUGGAGGACGAGGAAGACAAUGACGACGACGAGGUUCGGACUGACGCGCCCCUGCUCUCUACUAGCGACUCCUCGCCACCAGCUCCCAGCACUACUCAGAAUUCCACAGGGCAAGAGUCGAGCAUCAUAAGCUUUGAAGACGCCCCCACUCACUCCUAACACACGCACACGAACCGUUGAGUUCGUCCCUCUGAAUCUGAGACACAAUCGCAACACCUGCUGCAGAGGCGGUGAUGAUUUGCCCCGGAGAGUAAGACGCCUUGCCAUAGGUAGUUUCUAAAUCUUGAUCAGCUCUAAUAAACGCUCUUAUACAAACAAGCCUACACGUACACCGAUAUGUUCAGCUUAGGUGUUGUGCAGAUGAACUUUUCUGAAAGUGUAUAUCUGUGGCACUCAUGUUUUUUUUAUUUGCAAUGUACAAAUAAGAUCAUGUGUGUGUGUGUGUGAGUGUUUGUACUUGUAUGUGUGUGCAUAAGGAUUCUGGAAAGAGUUUGCUCUGAAUAACCGUUCCAGCUGCUGCUGGGGUUUAUUACAUAUACUUUAAAUUAGCUGCAGGCUCUCCGGGUCAGAUGAUGGGUGACUCCUAGUCUUUGUCAAAAAAAUUUAUUUUUUCCUCUCCUCCUCUCAGCAGGUAGCAAACAGCUGAGCUCUUUUUUUUUUUUAAUGCAUACACCUUUUUUUUUUUUUGCAUGGAAAUUGAGUUGAAAUGCUCUUUGUGCCUGUUUCUCACUGACAGAGACUUUUAGAAAUCAUUUCGGACAUUAGCUGGUUUGCCAAAGGUGGACAGUUGUUGAAGAUCUGUCUGAAGAAUGAAAUGAUCAAACCCGUGUUGCGUUCUGUGUUAUAUUAAUGGUGGUAGAUUCCUUACAUUGAGCAACCACAGAGAAUUGUUUUAAUUGAGUCUUAAAUUAUUUGCUCACAUCCUCACACAUUAAAAUUAGCCAUAAUUUAAGACGAUGUUUUUUGUUUUUUUUCUUGAAUUGCCGUUCAAACUACUUUAAGACGUAAAGGAGCUGCUCGAAAAUACGUUCAAAUCCGUAGGAUGCAGAACAUUCAGUAUGUGGAAUUUAGUCAUGGUAAUAGAAUUAGGGCUUGUUGUUUUAUUUAAAAGUACCACUCCCUGCAGUGUUGUGGUUCCUCGCAAUCCUGAAGUGUGGACUAUGAAGAAAAGAAAGAAUAAGAGCCAGUUUGCAUUUUAUUGACGUUACAGGGGGCUGAAUUUCCAAGUCUAUUUUAAAGCCACCAGCAAUCCAAAAGCCUUAAAUGUAGGUGCAAUGAUUGUGACUGGAACCAGUAACCAACAAUUAAAGCAUAUUUAAUAUGGUGUGACAUGAGCAACGAGUAAGACAUUCGCUUUUUACGUCCCCUGUCUGUGGUGUUCUGUGUCUUGAGGCUCUUUUGCUUUAUCACCCAUGCGAAAGAAACAUGUCAGCUGUGGUCCAUGCACACGUUUGUACAAGAUGCACCUCUAGAACUCUUAUGAUUAUCAUCCGUUUUCUUUGUUUGUGUGUGUGUGUAAUCUGGAUGAUUUCAACUAAUGACAGCAAUACAGCCACAUACUCCAGUUCUACCGUACACACCACUUUUCUUCUCGUUAUCUAGCAAGCUUUAUGAAUUAAGGAAUCAGUUUAUCACUUCUAUAUGCUAUUUUUGUAAAGCCGAUGCUGAAUCAGUAACACACACUAUAAUUCUUGCUGUGUAUUGCCUUCAUUCCCUCUGUUGAUCUGUGUGAUUUGUUUUCUUUUCAGUAUUUGUUUUUAAUGCAGCGCUCAUGAUCAAGACUUACCAGCUCUAUCGUUCCGUGUGUGAGACAUUUUGUGCGCGCGAAUAAAAGUGAAUGUAUAAGAGAGAGCAAAAAAAGAUUUAAAAAAAAACGGAGGGGCCUGUUUUUAUAAAGCAGAUGUUUUUUCUCUCUACAGAUUUGCCUGAUGUUCAGAGACCGAGGGGGGAAAAGGCAUGGGUUUUUAGUAGCUGGAUGUAUUUGCUCACUAAUUAUUUUUGUUGUUCAGGUUGAUUAUUUUCUGCUGUUCAACUCUCCCCCCCCCCCCCUUUCCAGCUCUAAAUCUUGAUAGUUUUCUUCACUUUGUGGCUUGAAAGCCAUGUCUCCUGAGUUCCACUUCAAAUUCUUUCUCUGUCUCCAAUAAAAGGUUAUAUGGAGAACACU